UGUCUCAUCGUUAACGUUUCUCAUCUCUCUGCGUGUCUCCUUCAGACAUACACUAUCUUUAUUUCUUGGUAGAAGAGGCAGCGCUCUCUCCAACCCUUAACCGGCGCUACAUGACCUUGCUAAGGUGCCGUAUUUACAGUCAAUGAAUCCCAACAGAUUUGUGAUGAGGCGCGUAUGGGGGAUGCUGUUCUGUGUUAUCCUGCUGGUGGUGGCGACGGCGGAGGGCAGCAGCGAAUGGGAUGGGCGACCUGCAGACAUCGUGAGACAGGUGGUGGUGCGCUAUCUGAGCUCGUGUCGCCUCGCCGUGGUGGGGGCGGAGCGGGCCGUCUCGGAUCCCUCGUUCACGGAGCUUGUCAGAGCGGUGGGUAAGGCAGCUCCUGGCGUGGUGGUGAUGGAGGCGGAGGGCACCCUGUCGCCAGCCUCCCCAAGGGCCAUCUCCUCCACCCCGCAGCAGGCACUGGAGAGCGACGCCAAGUUCCCGUGCCGCGCCUUCAUUCUGUACAUGACCGCCGCCAACACUUCCUGGAUUGGCAGGUUCCUCGCUAAGGCGUCUCUGGAUGUGUCACCGGAGAUCAGAGUGAUAGGUGUGGGGCAGCCCGCCUUGGCCCAACAGCUACUCAGCCUCCCCGCCCUAAGGAACACAGCCCACGCCCUCUACCUCGCCGUCCCUCCUCAGCCACCAUUCGCUAUCGACUCAGGUGAUGACGAGGCAGUGGCGGUCAUCUCCCGCUGCCACUACUGCAACCAAGGGCAUCCUGAUUACGUGGUUCUUGACUACUGGCGCCCACUCAUAGGAUUCCAGGAGGGCGCAGAUCUCUUUCCAGAUCAGUUCCAGGACUGCCGGGGCCACGCGUUCCAGGUGGUGUCGAUGGACUGGUUCCCGUUCCUGUCGUUCAGCCGAGAUACGCAGCUCCCCGGCACUACUGUCACGCCGCAGGAUUCCGUGGACGUGCGCAUGUUGCAAGCCGUUGCCCGCGCCUUGAAUUUCACGUACGUGAUGCGCAUGCCUGAGGAUGGCCAGUGGGGCGUGCUGCAGGAGGAGGGGCUGUGGACAGGCACCGUGGGGACCCUGCAACGCCGCCUCGCAGACUUCUCCAUGCUUUUAAACUGGUCCUCCAAGCGACUCCACGCCAUCGACUUCUCCCGUAUCUAUGCCGCCGAGCCCUUGGUAAUCGUCUCCACGCAGCCCCGCCCUCGCCCGCACUACCUCGCCCUCGUCGCGCCCUUCACAGUCGAGGUGUGGUCCUUCCUGGUGGGUAUGAGCUUAUCUGGCGGAGCAGUCCACUGGGUACUGCAGAGGACCCGUCGCCGCCUACUGCAGAGGAGCGAGACAGCGGAGGUGAGGGACCCGACGAGCAAGAGUUAUGCCUCCGCUCUGCUCUACAUCAGCGGGCUCCUGCUGCAGAACCCGCCCUUCAAACUUCCUAGAAACCUUACUGGCCAGAUGCUGGUGGGGUGGUGGCUACUGUUCGGCCUGCUGACGGCGGCUACCUACCGCUCCUCCCUCAUCGCCCACCUCUCCGUGCCGGCCAUGAGUGCGCCCGUGGACACCUUCGAGGAGCUGAUAGGUCGCGCUGGGUGGUCGUGGGGGUUGGAGCCAACCUAUGGCGCCGAGUGGGAAUGGUUCAGGGGCAGCGCCUCGCCCACAAUCAGGAAGGUCUUCCAGGGAAUCCAGGUGCUGCCGACCAAGGAACACCUGCAGCGUGUCAUGGCGGGCAGCCACGCCCUGCUCACCUGGAAGUUUUACAUUCAGUCCCUCAUCGCCUCGCGCUUCACUGACGCCAGCGGCUACACUCCCCUCUACAUUGGCCGCUCGGAACACUACGUCAGCACCGGUUACGGCUGGGGCUUCAGGAAGGGCGCACCGUUCCUCCGCCGCAUAGAUGAAGUCAAGCAGUGGCUGCUGGAGGCAGGACUCGUCAACUACUGGCUGGGUGACCUCAUCCAGGCCUCGGCGCAGGUUGCCAGGAUGGAGCGGGCCGCGGCAGGGGGCACGGAGCAGAACAAGGCGGUGGAGGACGGGCGUCUGGUCCUAGGAUUGGGUCACCUGCAGACUGCGCUGUACCUCCUGAUGGUGGGGUCCGGGGGCGCCUGCCUGGGACUGCUGGGGGAACUGGUCCUGCCCCGACGUUGAGGACGCCUGCACCAGGAUCUAAACUUCACCUCACUGGCGCGUCUGGAGUAAUGGCCCAGUUUCCUUUGUGUUCACGAGACAUGCAUAAUUCUGUCACGAGUCUCUCAUGUUCUCGUGGCGCAGCGCAGCCUGUACGUCACUGGCUCAUGAAGGAUAAUAAUUAUAUAGACCUCACAGUA